AUGGCAUUGGUGACGGAGGUGCGGCUGCGGAGCCGCAAGACGCCGGCGAACCACGAGGCUGGUAAAGGCAAGAAAAACAAGAAAAAUAAGCGUCGACGGCUGGCGGGUGGCGAUAAAGUCGCUGGAGGAGAGGAGGAAGACGCCUGCGCGGAUCUUUACGAAGCCGCACAGGCCCAGCUGCAGCAGGAGAUGAAGGCGGCAGGGAUGGAGGGGAUUCUACCCUUGAGCUUCGGUGGAUCGCGGUCGAACGCAGGCUCGAGGAAGCGGAAAAGGUCCCUGGAGACGGAGACGGCUAUCGUCGACAAGGUGCGCGUGGUGUACGAUUCGGAUGGAGAGGUGGCGGAGCGUGUUGUCGAGAAGGUCGAGGUUACCACGGAUGUCGUCAAGUUUUACCUGCAAAGGCAUACUCUCUUUGAGAAGUUCGAGGAAGGCAUCCAGCUGGACCACGAAAGCUGGUACUCGGUCACGCCUCAAGUGAUCGCCGAGCACAUUGCGAAGCGUCUUAGCUGCGAUAUCGUUGUGGACCCGUUUUCAGGCUGCGGUGGGAAUGUGAUUCAACUGGCGAAGACGUGCAAGCAUGUUAUCGCGAUCGACAUCGACCCAGAGAAGAUCCGGAUGGCAAAGCACAACGCUACCAUCUACGGCGUUGCAGACAAGAUCGAGUGGAUCGUCGGCAACUCCAUCGACAUUUUGCCCACGGUCAAGGCGGAUGCUGUGUUCUUGUCUCCUCCGUGGGGAGGAGUCAAAUACAGUCGAAAACACUUUAGCCUGGAAGAUAUGCUCGUGAAAGGCGUGUCCGGGCUCGAUCUGUUCGAGCUCGCUCGUAAAGUGUCCAAGAACAUCGCGUACUAUCUCCCCAGAGGGACCCCUGACAGUGACUUAGAGGCACUCACACCAGGUGAGCCCGUGGAGUGUGAGAAGAUUUUCCUGAACAAGCAGCUGAAGGUCGUGACAGCUUAUUACGGCGGCCUGGUUGCGUCGGACAAGCAAGUCGAGAAUACCGCUCCCCCCACCGAGGAGGCGGCAGCCAACUGA